AUGUGGUCCCAACCCUGCCUCCCUCCCCAUCCCAUGAUGGCAGAAGAAACUCGACAAAACAGAUUGGCCAUAGCCAAGAAAAAGUUAAAAGAAUAUUGGCAGAGAAACAGCCUUGGUGUUCCAGCAGGAGCUAAGAGGAACAGGAAAACAAAUGGCAGUAGCCCUGAAACAGCCACUUCUGGUGGUUGCCAGUCACCUGAGGAUUCAGCAACAGGUGUCCAUGGGGAGGGCUCUACAUCAUCUGCUCCCCUGAAGGAUCUGGAGAGCCCGUGCCAAGAACUAGCAGUCGUCCUGGACUCAAGGUCCGUAAAAAUCAGUAAACUGAAUAACACCAUCAAAUCUUUGAAACAACAGAAGAAACACGUGGAACAUCAGCUGGAAGAAGAAAAGAAGGCAAACAAUGAGAAACAGAAAGCCAAAAGGGAGCUAGAGGUUCAAAUCCAGAGAUUGAAUGUACAGAAAGAGAAACUAAAUACGGACCUGUAUCACAUGAAAUGUUCUCUCAGAUACUUUGAAGAAGAGUCCAAGGAUCUGGCUGGCUGCCUGCAAUAUACAUUGCAGUGUAUAGGAGAGUUAGAACGGGCUCUCUCUGUUGUCGCUGCCACACAGGAGAAGAAAGAGAUCAGUUUCUCGAGCCUCAGUAAAGCACUUAUUGAGUGGCAUUUAGAGCAGUCCAUACAGGAGAAGGCACAGCUGAAAGCACACCUGACACAGUUGAAAGAGUCGCUUAAACAAGUCCAGCUAGAGACAGAUGAAUAUGCUCAACAUAUAAAAGGAGAGAGGGCCCGGUGGCAGCAGAGAAUGAGGAAAAUGUCACAGGAGGUUUGCACAUUGAAAAAGGAGGAGAAGCAUGAUACACAUCGGCUACAGGAGCUGGAGAGGAGCUUGUCCAAACUCAAAAACCAGAUGGUGGAACCCCUGUCCCUGGAGCCCCCAGCAGUGCCCUCUGAGGUGGAGCUGCAGCACCUGAGGAAGGAACUGGAGAGAGUGGCAGGAGAGCUCCAGGCCCAGAUUGAAAACAAUCAGCGCAUAAGUCUCCUGAAACAGGAGCAAAAGGAGAGGCUCCAGGAGCAGGAGGAGAGGCUUCAGCAGCUGGUCGAGCCACAGAGUGGCUUCAAGGAGCUGAACAACGAGAACAAGAGCACACUGCAGUUGGAGCAGCAAGUAAAGGAGCUGCAGGAGAAGCUGGAUGAGGAGUGCCUGGAAGCUGCCAGUCAGCAGAACCAGCAGCUACAGGCCCAGUUAACCAUGGCUCUCCCUGGGGAAGGAGAUGGAGGAGGACAUCUGGACAGUGGGGAGGAGGAGGCACCUAGGUCCAUGCCUAGUGUCCCGGAGGACCUGGAGAGCUGGGAGGCCAUGGUGGCAUUUUUCAAGUACGCUGGAGCCAGUACCCAGGAGGAGCAGGCACAGUUACAAGAGCAGGUGAAAAAGCAGAGGGUGUGCUGCCAGCACCUGGCUCACCCAGUGGCCUUGGACCAGAAGGAGCGAGGCAGUGGGGGCAAGUCUGUGAGUGGGGAGACCCACCGGGCCCUGCAGGAAGUCAUGGAGAAGCUGGAGAGUGGCUUUAUGGACCUCCUGGAGGAGAAGGCAGAGCUGAGUGAGCUGGUGGAGAAACAAGAACUUCAAUUCACCCAGUACUGGAGAGAGAGAUGCCAUCAGUGACUCAUCCAUCACCUUAUAACAGAGCCAAGGGGCAGUGUCAAAGAUGUGGCACCGGGAGGAGGACAUCAUCAGGCUGGCCCAGGACAGAGAGGAGAUGAAGGUGAAGCUGCUGGAGCUGCAGGAGAUGGUGUUGCGGCUUGUGAUGACUACAACAAGGGGCACAGCAAAUUCCUGGCCGCUGCCCAGAACCCUGCUGAUGAGCCUGGUCCAGGAGCCCCAGCCCCCCAAGAGCUUAGGGCUGCUGACAAGCAUGGUGAUCUUUGUGAGGUGAGCCUCACGGACAGCAUGGAGCCUGCGCAAGGAGAGGCCAGGGAGGGUGCUCCCCAUGACAACCCUACUGCACAGCCAAUCGUGCAGGAGUACCAUGAGCACCUAGGCUUGGGCAGCAACCCCUGUGUGGCAUUCUUUUGCUGGGCUUGGCUGCUAAGAAGAAGGAGAUAAAUAUCACCAUCAUCAAAGAGCUGGUCAACAAAUUUUUUAAAAAGAAACAAAGUUACGGGGUUAACUCCUACACAAGGCAUUUACUUCAUUUGAAUGUUAGAGCCACUCAUGAUUAUUUGUGUUUCUAAUUUAUAGUUUAAGUUUAUUUGUAAAAAGUUAAAAGACAGUGGGUCUCUGUGGCUUUCACUGAUGUUCACUCUGGCAUCCUUAGCAUUUUUCUUUUUUAAUUUCAUAAUUGUAGGUCAUUAGCAUUCAUAUCGAGUUUGCCCUUAUGUGGUAGGAGUUCAAACACACAAAGACCCACUAUUUGCCCAAAACUAUUCUUGUUGGUUUGGAAUAGGCUACCAUGCUUUUUAAAUGUUAUUGCAGCAUGUAUAUUCAUUACAGAAUUCAGAUAAAAUUUGCUUAUGUUCUGCUAUUUUUUGAUCUAAUCUUAAUCACAGUGAGCUCUUCAUUAGCUCAAUAUGUGGUUUGCCCCCAAGUGUGCACUGUUUAUUACUUUGUAAUAUGCCACUAUGAGUACUGACAUUUAGAGUUGUUUAAAGGC